AUGACGCUUAAUGAGAUACGAGCUUAUGGUUAUUGGACAGUAGCAUCUAGAGCAAGCGUAGGAAGUGUUGUUUGGAAAUGUGUAACUUGUAGAAAGUUGCGUGGGUUGUUGUCGGGUCAGAAAAUGUCUGACUUGCCAGUUGAUAGGCUAGAGACUGUCGCCCCCUUUACAUAUAGCGCUGUUGAUUGCUUUGGCCCAUUCUUUGUUAAAGAUGGUAGACUUCAUAUAGAGGUAGCAAAUUCUCUUAGUACUGAUUCCUUUUUGAACGCACUUCGUCGUUUUGUUGGUCGCCGAGGUCCAGUGCGACAACUCAGAAGUGAUCAAGGCACCAAUUUUGUUGGAGCUAAAGGUGCCCUGGCUGCAGCGUUAGCAGAGAUGGAUGACAGUAAGAUCAGUAGAGAGUUGUUAAAGGACAACUGUGACUGGAUAGCCUUCAAAAUGAAUUCCCCACAUUCGAGUCACAUGGGAGGAGUGUGGGAAAGGAUGAUUCGGUCAGCUCGGAAUGCAUUAUCCGCACUUCUAUCUGUUCAUGGUCAUCAAUUGGAUGAUGAGUUGUUGAGAACAUUAAUGGUAGAAGCCGAGGCUAUUGUGAAUAGCCGUCCCCUCAGUUAUGACGAUAUGACCAAGACAAGUUCUCUACAACCCCUUUCUCCUAGUCAGAUACUGACGCUGAAAUCGAAGGUUGUUUCACCUCCCCCUGGAGUUUUCCAGAAAGCAGACCUUUUCUGUAGACAGCGUUGGAGAUGUGUCCAGUAUCUAUCUAAUGAGUUCUGGAGACGAUGGAGAGUCGAAUUUCUACCAACCCUACAACAGAGAUCCAAAUGGAUGAAGUCCCAACCAAACCUACAAGAAGGUGAUAUCGUCCUGAUGUUGGAUGAGAGUUUACCAAGAUAUCAAUGGCCAAUGGCCAGAGUAAUUGAGACAUUUGUGGGACAAGACGGACUUGUUCGGAGAGUUAGGCUGAUCGCUAAAGGUUCUGUGUACGAUAGACCUGUACACAAGUUAAUAUUGUUAUUAAAAAGGGAUAUCCCCGUCGAGAAGCCAUAG